UUGAGGUGCGGGAGAAUGUGAAAAGUUUCCAGCCUGCUGGCCGCGGGAGGUGGUGCUGCUGCUGCUGCUGCUGUGAGGCCGGCGUUUGGAGCGGCAGCGGGAUCUCGGAUCCGCUGACAGUUCCAUGGUGCGGUUUGUGUGGAGGGUCUCCUCGCGUGCACGUGCGGCUCGGCCCCGCGGCGCGGCGGUGGCGGCGGCUGUCAGGGCUUGUGUGAAUGGUGCUGCUACAUACCUUGUGAUCAAGACGGUGUAAUGAUUUGUGCCUCCAGUUUCGGGGAAACUGAUGGCAACACUGCUUCAUCAUGGGCUGUAGAAGGUGAAGUUUGAGCAACACCAGUGUAAUUUCAAGUCAGUAGGUGGGUACCUGAUUCUUAACCAAAAUCCACGUCUGAAACGCUGUGUAGCCCAUCUUGCUUCGAGCUGCUGCUUCACUGCAAGUUUUGAUGGUAUUGAGUGAUGUGCAGUUUGACAAACUGAACACUGAUGCAAAUAGGAUACAGGAUGCACAACUCUGACUUCAAGUUUUGUUGAUUUCAUCCAGGUGCUGUUAAAAUAAUUUGGUGUUGAAGAUGGUACACCUGAACAUUCAAACUGUGGAAUCAUUAUAGCGCUCAAUUUAAAAAGAAGUCAUUUCUCCCAGUGUUUAUAUAUUGUUAGCACGUCACAACAUUGACUAUAUGGUGAUGAGGUGGACUAGGGCCAUGUUAAGUUAAGAAUGGUGGCUUGGUUUCUGGAUGGAUAUGAACGAUAAAAAGCUAGCACACGAAGAACAGCCUCAUUCCAGUGGUGCUCCAGGAUUCUCAGUGGAAUCUGUUAGAAGUAUGCAGUCUGAUGAUUUAUUUACUAGAAAAUACAAAGUCUUUAAUGGUAACAUGGGGCCUCCCAUUCCUUCUGGUACACCCUGCAAAUCAGACAGCAGUAGUCAGGUUAAUGGAACACCUGCUGUACCAAAGAUGGGUGUUAGGGCAAGAAUCUCCGAGUGGCCUCCAAAGAAAGAAUUUUCAAAAGAGGGAACAAAUAGUAACCUAAUGUCAUGGGAUAGUAGAUCAUUGGCCAGUUAUGAUACCGUAUCCAUGAUGCGAGCCAGUCAGAAUGGACAGAAUGACCAAAGCAUUGAAGGUUUAUCUGAAGAAACCACGGACAUUACUGAGGACUUGGAAUUUGCAGAGGCUGGAUAUAUUUUUGGAGAUCUCUUCACUCGGUCCCCACAAAGGGGGCUUCACCCAAUAAGACAGAGAAGCAACAGUGAUGUUACUAUUAGUGACAUAGAUUCUGAAGACGUUCUUGAUCAGAAUGCAGUAAAUCCUAACACAGGUGCUGCUCUUCAUCGUGAAUAUGGAAGCACUUCUUCAAUUGACCGCCAAGGUAUUACCGGUGAGUUUUUUGCAAUGCUUAGAGGGUAUAGAAGUGAAAGCGUAGAACAGAGGAGUCCUGGCCCGCUUGGGCUUAGUGACCUAUUGCGCUCUGACUCUGGAGUCUCACCUAGUCUGCAAGCAGCAGCUCGCAUUUCUCGAGCUGAAUUUGUCAGAAUUUCUGGAUUUGAUUAUAUUGAUAGCCCACUUUUCUUUUGUAAGGACAAGGAUAAGUCUUUCAAACGGAGGUUGAAACCUGAAACAAUGGAGGCAUCUCUCUUUAGAAAACUGAGAACUGCAAAAAGUGAACAUGAUGCAUUAAAGUUCUCUUUUGAGCAAGAAGAAAACAGAUUGGAGAAAAACAACCAAUUAUGGAUGUGUCAUAAGUGCUUUGCACACUAUGAUGUCCAGAGUAUUCUGUUUAAUGUGAAUGAAGCAAUGGCAAACAGGGCUAAUGUGGGGCAAAGAAAAAAUACAACCACUGGUGCUUCUGCUGCUUCACAACAUCCAAUCCCAGGAGGUUACUCUGCUAAUUGUGAAUCACCUACAGGCAGCAAGGAGGAACUGAAUUCGAAGGAAAGUCUGGAUUCUGAUGAGGGAGAUGGAAAAAGCAAUAACUUGGCUUUGGCUUGUCCUUACUUCAGGAAUGAGAUUGGAGGCGAAGGAGAGAGACGCAUUGCACUUUCCAGGGCCAACUCCUGUUCGUUUACUUGCAGUGAAAGUUGCUCCUUUGAAUCUUCGCUCAGUUCUCACUGCACUAAUGCAGGUGUGUCAGUAUUAGAGGUACCAAGAGAAAACCAAGCAAUCCACCGAGAGAAAGUGAAGCGAUACAUUAUUGAGCACAUUGAUCUCGGAGCAUACUAUUAUCGCAAAUACUUCUACGGAAAAGAGCACCAGAACUACUUUGGAACUGAUGAAAGCCUGGGACCUGUGGCUGUCAGCAUCCGGAGGGAGAAGCUAGAUGAAUCAAAGGAGAAAGAAGGGUUGCAGUACAACUACCGCAUAGCUUUCCGGACCAGUGAGCUUUCUACUCUGAGAGGAGCCAUUUUGGAGGAUGCUGUCCCGUCCACUGCUCGACAUGGGACCGCUCGAGGUUUGCCCAUAAAAGAGGUGCUGGAGUACGUGAUACCUGAAUUGAACAUCCAGUGCCUUAGGGUGGCUUCAAGUUCUCCCAAAGUAAUGGAACAGCUGCUGAAACUUGAUGAGCAAGGGCUAAGCUUCCAGCAUAAAGUUGGAGUCCUUUACUGUAAAGCAGGCCAAAGCACUGAGGAGGAGAUGUACAACAAUGAGACAGGAAGCCCUGUGUUUGAAGAAUUCCUUGAUCUCCUUGGCCACAGGGUGAGACUAAAGGGCUUCAGCAAGUACAGAGCACAGUUGGACAACAAAACUGACUCCACGGGAACUCAUUCUCUCUAUACUACAUACAAGGAUUAUGAAAUCAUGUUCCAUGUAUCAACGAUGCUUCCAUACACACCUAACAACAGACAGCAGCUCUUAAGGAAGAGACACAUAGGAAAUGACAUAGUUACAAUUGUCUUUCAAGAGCCUGGAGCACUUCCUUUUACUCCUAGAAACAUCCGAUCCCACUUCCAACAUGUGUUUGUCAUUGUCAGAGUUCAUAAUCCAUGUACAGAAAAUGUCUGCUACAGUGUGGCUGUCUCCAGGUCUAAAGAUGUACCACCAUUUGGCCCACCCAUUCCCAAAGGAGUCACCUUUCCCAAAUCAGCAGUGUUCAGGGACUUCCUACUUGCCAAAGUUAUCAACGCAGAAAAUGCAGCGCACAAAUCUGAGAAGUUCCGGGCAAUGGCCACCAGAACAAGGCAGGAAUAUUUGAAGGAUUUGGCAGAAAAUUUUGUUACUACAGCUACAGUUGACUCUUCUGUGAAAUUCAGCUUCAUUACGCUUGGGGCAAAGAAGAAGGAGAAGACAAAGGCCCGGAAGGAUGCACAGCUGUACAGCUUUGGAGCCAUUGUGUGGAAUGUUAUUGCUCGGGACUUCGGCCAAUCUAGUGAUAUUGAAUGUCUUCUUGGAAUUUCCAAUGAAUUCAUUGUGCUUGUAGAGCAAGACUCCAAAAAUGUAGUGUUUAAUUGCUCAUGUAGGGAUGUCAUUGGCUGGACCUCUGGAUUAAUGACUAUAAAGAUAUUUUAUGAAAGAGGAGAAUGCAUCCUGCUGUCUGCUAUGGAAAACUGUGCAGAUGACAUCAGGGAAAUAGUACAGAGGCUUGAGUUAGUGACCAGAGGCUGUGAAACAACAGAAAUGACUCUGAGAAGAAAUGGCCUUGGACAGCUAGGAUUCCAUGUUAACUUUGAAGGUAUUGUGGCAGAUGUUGAGCCAUUUGGCUUUGCAUGGAAAGCUGGCCUGAGGCAAGGGAGUCGACUAGUUGAGAUCUGCAAAGUAGCUGUGGCGACCUUGACCCACGAGCAGAUGAUAGACCUUUUACGAACAUCCGUGACAGUAAAAGUGGUGAUUAUUCAGCCACAUGAAGAUGGAGCACCGAGAAGAGGCUGCUCAGAACUAUACAGGAUACCGAUGGUUGAAUACAAAGUGGACAAUGAAGGCACACCUUGUGAGUUCAAAACCCCCUUCAGAAGAAACACCACAUGGCACCGAGUAGCCACACCUGCUGGGCAACCAGUUUCCCGGUCCUCCCCCAUACAAGGAGCAGCUGACAGACUUCAAUCUCAGCAAAUGUUGCAGCAGGUCCACACAGCUAUCCCUCGCAGUACUUCCUUUGACAGAAAGCUGCCAGAUGGCGUGAGAUCUAUGCAAGACAUGGAAAAUGCUCAACUCUCACAAUCCAAUGUUGGUGAUUCCAGUCAACACUACAGAAGCUCUCCCAGCAACCAGUCAUCUUCAAGUGAUCCAGGGCCAAGUGGCAGUAGUCAUUGGAGACAACAGUCUGGAUAUGAUGGGUGCCAGUCUCCUGUUCUACAUGAUCACCAAGGUUCUACUAGUGCUCUGACAGAGUAUGACGGACCAAGAGAAAGAGAUGGUACGUUAGAAAGGGCCAGAAGCGUUGAAGCAAGGUGGCAUGUUCCUUCAACAAAAAUGCUGAGCUCUUAUAAAGGACUGCAAAGGGAAACUAUCAGCAAAGAGUCUCCAAAUAAAAUUUUACAUAUUACAGAUAAUAAUUGUUCAAGCCAUUCCAGCAGUAAUACUCUGUCCAGCAAUGCGUCCAGCAAUAGCGAUGAUAAGCAGUUUGGUUCAGGUGACUUGAUGGAUCCAGAAUUGCUGGGAUUGACAUACAUUAAAGGGGCCUCCACCGACAGUGGGAUCGACACAGCUCCCUGUAUUCCAGCGCCAUUGAUGGCCACGGUACAUUUAACUGGAAACAGGUCAGCUGUGCAGAGCAGAGCAGAGCAGAUGGUGCAGUGGGUGGAGCACUCUGAAGAUGGAGGGCCUGAAGAUGGACAGGCAAAAUCUUAUGCUGUCCACAACUAUGCAGCUGCCAUUUCUGCUGGCCUUGCCGCCCAAGGAAGUACUGGUGAUCUAAGCGAGAUCUCAUCACAUUCCAGUGGUUCACAUCAUUCAGGAAGCCCAGCACCUCGUGUUUCUAAAACCAGUGGAUCAUUGGAUGCAUCCAAAGUCUACAUAGUAUCCCAGAACAGUGGUCAACAAAUGCUAGGGUCUUUAUCGGGAUCAUAUCAUCGCCAGGGUGCUGUCAACAAAUAUGUCAUUGGCUGGAAGAAGUUAGACAGAAGCCCAACACCUGAGGAGUCUGAGAUGGCAGAUUGUAGAAGGAGGUUGUACGGUGAUGUAACAGAAAUAAGCAGUUCCAGUCAACAUCAGGCCUUGGUACAGGAAUUGAACCCUAUCAGUAAAUCCCAGCAAACCUUCACCAAAGAAGAGUUUCUGAAGCUGAUGCUGCCAGACAGCCCUCCUUUGGAGCAGAGGAGAAGGAAGACUUCUGUUUCUGGGAACUUGUCACCGAGGAAGUCCUUAUAUCGCACACUCUCUGAUGAAAGUAUAUGCAGUAACCGUCGAGGCUCUUCGUACAACAGCUCCCGAAGCUCAAUGCUCGAACAAGCACUACCAAAUGACAUCCUAUUCAGCACCACCCCGCCGUACCACUGCACCCUACCCCCACGUGCCUCACUCAGCCCCUCUGCCACAGGCCUACGAACUGAAUUCUGGUUUUCUGAUGGGUCUCUGGUGGAUAAAUCAAGGUUCACUGAUCCUGGCUUGAUGCCUCUUCCAGAUACCGCUUCUGGCUUAGACUGGUCAAACCUUGUGGAUGCUGCACGGGCUUUUGAAGACCAGAGAGUGGCCUCCUUCUGUACACUGAAUGACAUGCAGUCAGCACAAAGCAUGGAGGGAGCUGAAGAGUUAUCUCUGCACAUCGGCCAAGCAGACAGGAAAGAUCACUCUGAUGAUGCAGGGGGAAAUACUGCAAACACCAUUACUGGGAAAGUGAAUCAGCUGGAGACCAUUCUCAUUCAACUUCAGGAUGACCUCCGAAAGGAAAAGGAAGACAAGGAUGCUCAGGCUGAGGUUCACCACCUGCGGCAUGAUAACCUACGACUUCAAGAGGAGUCCCAAACUGCUGCACAGUUACGGAAAUUUACCGAGUGGUUCUUCAACACCAUUUGACAAGAAGUCUUGAUAUACUGAUAACAGGAACCAUGAUCAAAAAGACCUAGCUGAAAGAUUCAUUAACUCCUAGAAUGUAUUACUAAUCUGUUCAGAAAUAAGUAUAGGUGUUGUAGGUAUAAUAUAUGUCUGGUUCUGUUCACUCAAUACACCACUGACAAAAAUCCAGUUAAACUCAGCAGUUGAACUCGCUAAGGGCCUCACAGCCUCGUGUAUUGUAAAAUAGAAACUUGAGAUGGUAACUUCAAUGUAAAAGGUGCUCUAUUUUUUGUAAUUAGUUUCUUUCCAUUGUCGCAGUGUUAUAGCAAUAAGACUUUAGUGAUAACCGCAGGGCUUUGUUUGGAAUUUUAGCACUAGUCUGAUGGAGCAGGUUUAGAUACAAUUACUAUAGGGGAAUGUUCAUUUGCGGACUAAACAUUGGUGCCUGAAACAAGCAGUGUUCUGAUGUUUAAAGCGGACACUUGCCUUUUGAAUGGCUCACUUAAAUCUACAACUUCACUGAUUUUUGUUACAGUUCACUUAAGGCUGUCUAGGAUCAAUGGUACACCAUUCUAUAAAGAGUGUGUACACAGUGAGUCGGCAAGCCACUUGUACAAUGCCAAAUUUGUUUAUCUUGUACAGAAGCUCUAAAUGAAAAGUGUCUUGUAUUUAACAAUUAUUUAAAAUUAUUUAACCUUAAAUUGUUAACUUUAAGUUUUGUUUAUCUGCACUAUGAAAAACAGUUUGCUGUAAAUUGUGUUGUCUGUAGCUUGUCAGUUACAAAGACUGUCAUGGUUGUAGUAAAUCUAACAUUGGAUGCUGCUAGUAUAUAAUAUUCCAUGGUUUGUACGCUUUGAGAAAUGUGUUCCUUUUUAAACUACUCAUUUGAAAUGUGACAUACAGUGCUUUUUUAAUAAAUGUAGG